CCUUGCCACGCAAUUACACAUUUUACACAUACCCCUUUCCCACGCGAUUACACAUUUUUACACAUACCCCUUUGCCCCGCAAUUACACAUUUCUACACAUCACAGUAAAAUCGGUAUUACUCUAAUUUAAAGGCGAAAAUAAUGAAAUUGUAAAAAGAAACGAGUUGCUGAAAACUUCCCCUUUGUUUUUAAUAAAAUUUUAUGAUCGAAUGACGUUCAGUGUACGAUAUUUUUGGAGCAGACGACAGCUGUAGCAGAUAUUUCGGAAACAAAAUGUCCGCCGUUUUUCACUGACGCUGACAUGUCUGAGCAAAACAGCUUAUACUCUGAUGAGGGCAGUGACGACAAUGAAUUAUCAAGUGGGGAUGAAUGGCUGGAGAAUUAUAAUGCUGAAGUCGAUCAUGGUUCCUCUGACAAUACACCCGUGGUAUCAGAUGAAGAGGCCAAUGACGAGGACGAUGCAGCUCCCGAAAAUGCAGAACUUGUUUGGAGAGAAACAUACGAAGAACUUGACAUAGACCCCUUUAUUCAGAUCACUGGUCCAUCACACAAUCUGAACCCUAAUGCCAGUGAGCUUGAGUAUUUCAAGCUUUUCUUCGACGAUAAUAUGCUUGAGAAAAUUGUGAGCCAAACAAAUCAAUAUGCAGCUCAAAAUGGCCCCGACCCACUCUGGAGUGAUACCACCCGGGAUGAGAUUUCGGCUUUUAUAGGGAUGCAGAUAUUAAUGGGAAUAAACCAGCUUCCUGAUUAUUCCUUUUACUGGUCCAAUAAUAAGUAUUUAGGGAAUCAGGGGUUUAAAGAAGUCAUGUCAGUAAAACGGUAUGAAAAGCUCAACCAAUAUAUCCAUUGUAAUGAUAUAGAAACUGAUGUCCCUGCAGACCAACCUGGGCACGAUAAGCUCCACAAGAUACGCCCUCUUAUUGAUUCAUCUCUCCAAAACUUCGCAGCACGAUACAACCCAAAUAAAAACCAAGCCAUUGAUGAAGCUAUGGUGGCUUAUAAAGGAAGAUCGGUAGCCAAACAGUAUAUACCAUCAAAACCCACCAAAUGGGGAUUCAAAGUGUGGAUGAGGUGCGAUAGUAAAUCUGGAUAUUGUCACAAGUUUGAUAUUUAUAUGGGAAAGGAGACGGCUGUUGAUAGUACAAAGGGUUUAGGACAUCGUGUUGUGGAGAAAUUGGCUGAAGAUCUACAUCAUAAAAACCAUCAUUUGUAUUUUGACAGUUACUUUACCUCAAUACCAUUAUUGCAAGAUCUGUUAAGCAAUGGAAUAUAUGGAUGUGGAACCAUUCGACAGAACAGAAAAGGCUUUCCACAAGAUUUAAAGAACGCACCGAGGAUGCAAACUGGCCAGUUUGUAGGAAGACAAACAGACAAUAUGGUGGGCGUUGUUUGGAUGGACAAGAAACCAGUUAAUGUUGUGGCUUCCAAUGAGUCAUUAAUUGAGGUAGAUACAACAAACCGGAGACAGAAAGAUGGGACAAAUGCCCGCGUUACAAGGCCGCGCGUAGUUACAAAUUACCAGGAAAAUUUCAGAGGGGUUGACAUCUCUGAUCAAUUACGUGCAAAAUAUUCAAUUGGUAGGCCAUCUAAAAAAUGGUGGAAAUAUUUAAUGAAUUUCAUAAUAGAUCUUUGUAUUGUGAACUCAUUUAUUGUAAAGGCAGAAACAGAGGUUCCGCAAGUAGCCCGUACUAAAAAGAGGUAUAGGCAAUUGGACUUUAGGAUAAAUUUGUCAACACAACUUAUAGGGAAUUUCGCACGAUUGAGGACACCAGCACCACCAAUGAGACCGCGAGCAACGCACGCUCAUUUGAAAUUGGGCCGCAAACGUUCCACAUGCAAACUUUGCACAAAAACAGGAGAGAAGAAGCGUAAAACAACACAAAUGGGAUGUGAAAAAUGUGAUAAACAUUUAUGUUCAGCUGAAUGUCACAACACAUUCCAUGUUAAUAUUGGGAUCGGAGUUGUCACGGAAGAAUAAUGAGUCAGAAUGAUUUGAAAUUAUAGAGCAAUGCAUGUUGUGCAUUUGAAAACACAUAUCAAACUUGCCAAAAUUUGUAAUAAAUACCAUUAACAUAUACUUCUUAUAGAAUUCAGAAAAAAGACAGAAUACAUGGGCUUAAUUUGGUGCUGCCAAAUUGUGUCAAUAAAUAUGUAAUGAGUAAUCUUUCUUCUCUACUCUGUGUUCAGACCUGACAUGCAUGGUGUUUAAUAAUCAAUGCUAUCGUAUUUUGGUAUAUAUGACUUUGUCGUCGUUCGUCUGUUAAGUUUUGGCUCCCGUCAUUUUUAUUUGAUUCAAAGUUAUUAUAAAUUAAUCAUCUUCUUCUUUAUAAGACAGUGCAUUAGCUCCAUUCUACAAGAGAACCAUUUGAUCUUGAUAGCUAUCAGUACACUAAAAUGAAUGUACAGUUGAUCAUCUUAAAUACAGGCUGAAAAAGAAAACAAAAUACAUACUUUAUAAAUGCCCGGUAACUAGGCCACCCUCUGUACCUCUGUGAUUGUCACUCCGUGAUGAUUGAUUCUGUACUUUAUUUAUAUGACUAUUAAACUUCACUACAUAUGAUACUUAUUAUUUACAAAACUCA